AUGGCGCACGAAAACAAACUCCCCGGCGACCCGCUAACGGCCAGGUCCCAGGUCCUGGAAACUGCAGCAGGCGCCACGCAGGCUUUCACGCCCAUCAAGCAGAUUUGCGCCCAUCUGCAUGCGUUCCAUGUCUAUGCUUCUGACCCGACGCGCUGCGUGGAGGCGAACCACUACUGUUCGCAUUUGACGGAGGACCUCCGCCAAUGUCUCAUCUAUGACUCCCCCGAGAAAAACGCCCGACUGAUCGGUAUCGAAUACAUGGUCUCCCCGCGCCUCUUCGAGACCCUCCCAUCGGAAGAGCGAAAGCUAUGGCACACGCACGAGUUUGAAGUGAAAUCUGGGAUGCUGAUUAUGCCGACGCCGCGCGGAAUCCCGAACCCGGUCUGGGAGGCGGCCGAGACGGCGGAGAUGCGAGACAUCGCGCCUGUGUACGGCAAGACGUAUCAUUUCUGGCAAGUUGAUCGGGGCGACAUAGUACCCAUGGGCGCGCCGCAGCUUAUGGGGAGUUUCACGAGUGACGAGUCUGUGAGGAGAGCGGUGCCUGGUGGGUUGGCGGAGUUGGUUGAGGAGCGAGAUGAGGCGUUUGGGGUGGAUACCUUGACCAAACAGGAGAAGAGGAGUGAUAUUGAGCCUGUUGAUAAACAUCCUGAUGCGGAUGGUAUGUGGCAGAGCCCUGCCCAGGAGACGGCGAAGCCGAGAGCUGCUGCCGGUGCUACUUGGAAUAUUGGCGAGCAGCGCGCGACUCAGCAUGCACAACCGGCUGGGAGCUCUAGGAAGACGUUCUCGACUAUACCUACGUAG